GUCCAUUAAACAACAUUAUACUCGUAUUAUUCGUCCACCGAUUGUUACCAAAGUAGUAAUCGAAUUCCCGUGCAAAAUUUCUUCAUACCCCAAACCAACGGAUCCGCAAUGUCGUCGCAGGGCAACGAUCCACGCAUGCCGUCGGCGGCCAAGCCGUACAAACCUCAGGCGGUGUCCCCUCAAGAUCUUCCUAUAGACUACUCCGGCUUCAUCGCCGUCGUCUUUGGUGUUUUCGGUGCCAUGUUCCGAUACAAAAUUUGUUCGUGGCUUGCAAUAAUUUUCAGUGCUCAAUCACUUGCUAACAUGAAGAAUAUGGAGACUGAUCUCAAGCAAAUCUCCAUGGCAAUGAUGUUUGGUAUUAUGGGAUUGGUUACAAAUUACUUGGGUCUUGGCCCUCGACCAAGCAAGAAAAGUUGAGUGGGGUAGUUGCUUCCUGUCUUUGUUUUGGUUCAUUUGAAUAUUGUUUGGCUUACUGAAGUAGGGCACUCUAUCUUCUAUGAACAAGUGUGGGAAAUUCUUAUUUAUGUGCCCUCCCUUGAUGACGCCUUAUUCUUAUAUUCGAAUCAACUUUGUUAUUCAAA